AUGGCGAAUGGGAUUAACGCACAGGACCUUUUGGCCAAUGACUCAAUUUUAAGCUCAACCGGGCUAACUGUUGCCGGCGACAAUGCUCUUGUAGCUCUCUCCACAGCGAUCUCACUGCUGGCGCAGGCGUCUAAUGCAAUUUUCACAAUAGGUGUGAGUAUCGUUUCCAGAGUUUUUUGGCAGACAUUUCGGUUCUUUCUGCUGCGAGUCCCCUCGUGGCUUGUGCUGUCAUCCAGUAUUCAUAUCACCUUAUCGUUCUCGACCCUGAUUCUGGUGUUUUUGGCUACCAUGUUCGCUACAUACUACGUGCUGAGAAGUAGAUUUCUCAAUGCGUACAAACGACUGCAACCUGAUGACAACGAUGGGAAGAUGCUUAAGGAUAAGAAGUCUCGCGAUGAAGCGGAGGCGCUGUUUAUGAGCAAAAGCGAAGCCUCCAGAAAUAGUGGGUUCACCUCGUACCUGGAUGAAUUUCUGAGCGCUAUCAAGAUCUUUGGGUAUCUAGAAAAACCGGUCUUUCACGAAUUAACGAAAAACAUGAAGACCCGGCGACUCGAAGACGGGGAGGUUCUCCUUGUUGAUGACACACUCGGAUUUGCCAUUGUUGUUGAAGGGAGCCUGCAGACAUACCACAAAGUCCCACGGUCCCAACAAGAGGCUCAACCCGACUACUUCAAUCAGGCGCAUGGAAGUGAUUCUGAAAGUGACGACGAGCUUCCUCCUGGCUGCGACGCAUACACCUUGAAUGGCGAAAAAUAUCAACUUUUGAACACGGUCAGAGCGGGCAAUCCGGUGUCCUCUCUGGUAAGCGUCUUGAAACUCGUCACCGGUAGCAAUAACAAUGCGUCUUUGAGCGGACCGCUGACGAACCAGCAAUUGCGCUCUAACUCUCGCCGCAAUUUGAUGUCACCCUUCCUCGACGCCACGUUAGAACGUCACAAAUCUGAACUCUUACGCCCUAACCGACCCUUGAGAACUACGCUUGAGCCAGGCUUUGAAGGACUGGAGGCAGAAGUAAGUUCCACCACUAUGAGUGAAAAUCAAGAAGAUGAUGUUCCAAUAGAAGCAGACGAUCCUACUCCAUUCGAAACUCCCUUGCCGGACAUCAUCGCCUCUGCUUCUAAUGACUGCACUAUCGCUAUUAUCCCGGCCUCUGCUUUUCGCAAACUGACCGCGAGAUAUCCUCGCUCAGCCUCUCAUAUCAUUCAAAUGGUCCUCACCAAACUUUACAGAGUGACAUUCCAGACAGCUCAUAGCUACUUGGGGCUCACAAAAGAAAUCAUGAACACGGAAAUUGUUUUGAACAAGUCUCAUCGGUUCGAGCUACCUUAUUAUCUGAAAGAGGCUGCCGUACGUAAAAUCAAGCUUCAAGAGAGCUCGAAAGCCACUGCAGGGAAUGAAAGGUAUGCACCACCGGGCGCUUCAAGAGUCAAUAUUGGGAACAACGCGAUAAAGAAUCGUAAAAAAUCACGGCCACACAGUUUCCUGCAAAGCCGAGGAUCCCGCCAUGUAGUUUUAGAUUCUAGAGGCCAUUUGAACCCUGGCGAUCUUCUGUCUAACGUGCCUCUUUCUCGAAAAGAACAUCCUCGCGGUGUAUCCGGAGGCACACUUUAUCAGUCAGAGAGUGCAGGAACUAAUAAAAGCACAAAAAACUCGGCGGGCUUCAUCGAUGGUCCUGUAAGUUCAGCACCUCUGCUCGCGGACCAACCCAUGCAAAAGAAUAGAAGUAGUCACAGUGCGACAGUGAGCUCCGCUAAUGAUGACGACGAUAUUAGAGCACGUACAUUUUCUGCCGCUCAGGAAGAAACUGAAGAAUCAUCGUGGAGGGUGGCAGUGGUCGAGGGUAUGUUCUCUUACCUCGGUAUUACGAAGGAAAAUAUUCUACCUACCUCACUAGAAGACGACGGUUCAUCCGUAGCCCUCGGAAAAUCGUCCGAUGCCUCUGUCACACCAUCCUCACGUUUAGAUUCAAGCUCUGCGUUUCGUUUGCUGUCUCCCGACCAAUUCAUCACAAAGAGAAAGUCCAGGACAAAGCCAACUCCGGAAUACAGAGAAGAGAUUCCCCACAAUAUCGAUUUUGAUACUGUGAAAGACGAAUUUGCCCAAGUUCUUGAAAUGAUGUUCAUUCGUCGUAAAUCCAUACUUGUUUCGCAGAACAAGUACAACAAAGGUCUUUUCUAUGUCAUAUCAGGCACGAUUGAAGUCGUCUGGACCAAUGAAGAAGAUAACAAGGAGCAUGUCCUCUACCUCGUAAAGCCUGGAGGAAUUGCCGGGUACUUAGCAUCGCUCAUUGGAAGCAAAUCCUUCGUGACACUCAGAGCCAAAACUGACGUUUAUGUCGGGGUACUUCCUGCAACAAUGCUCGAAAGGUUAUGUGAAAAGUAUUUUUUGAUUUAUCUGAGAGUUGCCGAAACACUCACUAACUUCCUAAAUCCUAAAAUUCUAAAGCUGGAUUACGCGCUGGAGUGGAUUCACCUGGAUGCUUCUGAAAUUCUGUUUCGCCAAAAUGAUCCUGCAAAUGCUAUCUACGUUGUAUUGAGCGGUAGGCUACGUCAACUGCACCAGUCAGAAGAUCCCGAUCAGGACUCUGCUGGCAAGAAGCAAAGUAAGCAACCGCUUCGAGGAAGUCCUAAAGUUAGGGCUAUAAGGGAGUACGCACAAGGUGAAAGUCUGGGCGAAGUCGAUGUUUUGACCGCGAUAAAUCGACUUUCGACCGUUGUUGCUUUAAGAGACUCAGAGUUGGCUCGCAUACCUAGAACUUUAUUUGAGCUUCUAGCGGUCGAGCAUCCAUCAAUUAUGAUUCGCGUUAGUAGGUUGGUGGCAAAAAAGGUUUUACAGCAACAGCGAGGGACAGAAUCUCCAGAGACUAUGAAAAAUGCAAAGAAUUUCAGAUAUGAUUUCAACUUGCUCAUACCUCCAACAGAAACAACAAAAGGGUCUGUCAUUAAUUCUAAUCGUGUGGAACAAGCUCAAUUUGAUGGAAGCAGCAGGCACAGCUACCGUACAAUCUCUGUCUUACCUAUCACUCGUGAUAUUCCGGUGGAGGGCUUUGCGUCGAAGUUGGUUACCGCUUUGAGGCAAGUGGGUAUGUCGACUAUUGGUUUGAAUCAGUCUGCAACCCUUUCACACUUGGGCCGUCAUGCCUUCGAUGGCUUAUCCAAAUUAAAGCAGUCGGGCUACUUCGCGGAGUUAGAAGAGCUAUAUGACACUGUUGUGUACAUAGCGGACACGCCGCUUAAUUCCACCUGGACUGCCACUUGCAUCAAUCAGGGUGAUUGCAUUCUUCUUCUGGCAGACUCAGCUAUGUCCCCAGCUAUUGGCGAAUUUGAACGUCUGCUGAUCAAAAUGAAAUCCAACGCAAGAAUAGAACUGAUUUUGCUGCACCCAGAGAGAUAUGUUGAACCAGGCCUCACCCAUAAGUGGCUCAAAAAUCGGGUAUGGGUUCAUUCACACCAUCACGUUCAGUUCCCAAACUCGGAAUACGUCAAUGAUCAGAAAUCAUCAGCGGAAACUAUACCGGUAUCCAUGAACUUCAUCGAAAAUCUCAAAAAGAAGGAGCGUUUCAAUGCUAUAACGAAACAAACUCAGGAAAAUAUAUCACGAUUGUUACCUGACUCCCUGAAAACAACAGUAGAGAAUCUGUCUUCGAAAUACAUGAGCAGCAAAAAGCGCUAUUACACUCCUGUACAGCCCCACAAAAAUGAUUUUUUACGUCUGGCGCGAGUUUUAUCUGGUAAAGCCAUUGGACUGGUAUUAGGUGGCGGAGGCGCCCGAGGAAUCAGCCAUUUAGGCGUCCUGAGGGCUAUUGAAGAGCACGGUAUCCCUAUCGACAUGAUUGGAGGAACUUCGAUUGGUGCUUUCGUGGGCGGGCUUUACGCCAAGGAGUGCGAUAUCGUUCCCAUUUACGGACGGAUGAAAAAGUUCGCAGGCCGAGUGGGAUCCUUUUGGCGAUUACUUACCGAUUUGACAUGGCCAGUUACUUCGUACACCACUGGUCACGAAUUCAAUAGAGGAAUUUGGAAAGCAUUUGGCGAUGUGCGCAUUGAAGAUUUUUGGAUUCAAUACUAUUGCAACUCUACUAACAUUACCGAGUCUAUUCAAGAAAUCCAUUCCACAGGGUACGCAUGGAGGUAUAUUAGAGCUUCGAUGUCUUUGGCAGGGCUUUUACCGCCCAUAGAAGACAGCGGCUCGAUGCUUUUGGAUGGUGGAUACGUUGACAAUUUGCCAGUUUGGGAGAUGAAAGCCAGAGGGUGUAACACAAUUUUCGCCGUUGAUGUUGGAUCCGUUGAUGACCGCACACAAAUGAGAUACGGAGAUUCGUUAAACGGGUUCUGGAUUGUCUUCAAUCGGUGGAAUCCAUUUUCAGAAUACCCGAACAUUCCUAAUAUGGCGGAGAUUCAAAUGCGGCUCGGAUAUGUAGCGUCUGUGAACGCUCUUGAAAAGGCCAAAAACACUCCAGGCGUGAUUUAUGCGAGACCACCGAUAGAAGACUACGCCACUUUAGAUUUCGCCAAAUUCGAAGAGAUCUACCAGUUGGGAACCGCUUAUGGACAUGAUUUUUUCCAGGAACUGGAAAGCCAGAACAAAAUGCCCAAAAUCCCUGGAUCUGAGGCCUUGACAGACAGCGGAGAUGUUCGGGAAGGCAUGUCACAUAGGCGGAACAGCAUUUAG